GCAGCAAAGCAAACGUAAAAAAAUCGGUGUGUGAAAAAAUUGCGCUUGCAGAAAAUCUUACUAAAUUAUAGUAAAAAAUGAUUUUAUUCAACAACAAAUAAGUGGAAAGUGUUGCUUACAUUAGUAUAAACAGUAAUAUAACGCAUUCCAAUAAAAGAAAAGACGCCCACAACAAAAGCACUGGCAAAGGUGCGACGCUCGGGCACAGCAAAAGAAAAAAUUGUUGCAAUAGCAAAUCGAAACAGCCAGGCAGACCGCCGCUAUGGCACGCCCAAUUUAUCCAAAUCAGCAGAAAAUUGCUGAAAAGUUAGUUAUACUCAAUGAUCGGGGCCUGGGUAUUCUGACACGAAUUUACAACAUUAAAAAAGCAUGCGGCGAUACUAAAUCGAAGCCAGGUUUCUUAUCGGACAAGUCGCUUGAGUCGUCAAUUAAAUUCAUAGUCAAGCGUUUUCCCAAUAUUGAUGUCAAGGGAUUGAAUGCAAUAGUCAACAUAAAAGCGGAAAUUAUCAAAUCUCUCUCGCUUUAUUAUCACACUUUUGUCGAUUUGCUAGAUUUCAAAGAUAAUGUUUGCGAAUUGCUCACUACAAUGGAUGCAUGCCAAAUACACCUGGACAUUACACAAAAUUUUGAGUUAACAAAAAAUUAUCUGGAUUUGGUGGUCACAUACGUUUCUUUGAUGAUACUACUGUCGCGCGUUGAAGAUCGCAAAGCUGUAUUGGGGCUCUAUAAUGCGGCUUACGAAUUGCAAAAUAAUCAAGCUGAUUCGGGUUUUCCGCGUCUUGGGCAGAUGAUACUCGAUUAUGAGGUGCCACUGAAGCGCUUAUCGGAAGAGUUCAUACCACAUCAGCGUUUGCUGACCAACGCAUUACGCUCGCUUACGAUAAUCUAUCCCUUGCGCAAUUUGCCAGCUGAUAAAUGGCGUGAAAUGCAAAAGCUCAGUUUGGUGGGCAAUCCUGCCAUACUCUUGAAAGCUGUGCGCACCGAUACAAUGUCCUGCGAAUAUGUCUCGCUUGAAGCAAUGGACCGUUGGAUAAUUUUUGGUUUACUGUUGAACCAUCAAAUGCUUGGACAGUAUCAGGAAGUAAAUAAAAUAUGGAUAUCGGCUUUGGAGUCGAGUUGGGUGAUUGCGUUGUUUCGCGAUGAAGUACUGCAAAUACAUCAAUACAUACAGGGUACUUUCGAUGGUAUAAAAGGAUAUAGUAAGCGCAUAAGUGAGGUAAAAGAAGCGUAUGCUGUGGCAACACAGAAGGCAGCGCUAAUGCAUCGUGAGCGGAGAAAGUUUUUGCGUACAGCUUUGAAGGAGCUUGCGUUGAUCAUGACGGAUCAACCAGGUUUGCUUGGUCCCAAAGCGAUUUUCAUUUUUAUAGGCUUGUGCUUGGCGCGCGACGAAAUUUUGUGGCUACUGCGGCACAACGACAAUCCACCAGUGCAGAAGAAUAAAGGUAAAUCCAAUGAGGACCUUGUCGAUCGCCAAUUGCCGGAGCUGCUCUUUCAUAUGGAGGAACUGCGCGCGCUAGUGCGAAAGUACAGCCAAGUCAUGCAACGCUAUUAUGUGCAAUAUCUUUCUGGGUUCGAUUCAAUCGACCUCAAUAUACGUAUGCAGAGUUUGCAAGUUUGUCCCGAGGAUGAAAGCGUAAUAUUUUCUUCGCUCUACAAUACGGCUUCAAGUUUGACUGUGAAGCAAGUGGAAGAUAACGAGUUAUUUGAUUUUCGCGCAUUUCGGCUUGACUGGUUUCGCUUGCAGACUUAUAUGAGCGUCAGUAAGGCGGCGCUACGCAUCACUGAAAAUGUGGAAUUGGCGCGCCUGCUUGAUUCCAUGGUUUUCCAUACACGUGUUGUUGAUAACUUGGACGAGAUACUCGUUGAGACAUCGGAUUUGAGUAUUUUCUGCUUCUAUAGCAAAAUGUUUGAUGACCAAUUUCAUAUGUGCUUGGAAUUUCCGGCACAGAAUCGUUAUAUAAUUGCAUUUCCCUUAAUUUGCAGUCACUUUCAAAAUUGUACACAUGAAAUGUGUCCCGAAGAGCGCCAUCAUAUACGUGAACGAUCGCUAAGCGUAGUGAAUAUAUUUUUGGAGGAGAUGGCUAAGGAGGCCAAGAAUAUUAUAACCACAAUUUGUGAUGAGCAAUGCACCAUGGCGGAUGCUCUUUUGCCUAAACACUGUGCCAAGAUACUCUCCGUACAGUCAGCGCGCAAAAAGAAAGAUAAAUCUAAGAAGCAGUUCGAUGACAUACGCAAGCCUGGUGAUGAAUCUUAUCGCAAGACGCGUGAAGACUUGACUACCAUGGAUAAGCUACAUAUGGCGCUGACAGAGUUGUGUUUUGCUAUAAAUUACUGUCCAACAGUGAAUGUAUGGGAAUUUGCUUUCGCACCACGCGAAUACCUAUGCCAGAAUUUAGAGCAUCGUUUUUCACGCGAUUUAGUCGGUAUGGUUAUGUUCAAUCAGGAUACAAUGGAAAUUGCAAAGCCGUCUGAGCUUUUGGCAACCGUACGCGCAUAUAUGAAUGUCCUCCAAACUGUAGAGAAUUAUGUGCAUAUCGAUAUCACGCGGGUGUUCAACAACUGCCUAUUGCAGCAGACACAAACGUUGGAUUCGCACGGUGAGAAGACCAUAGCGGCGUUGUAUAACACAUGGUACAGCGAAGUACUGCUGCGUCGCGUCUCUGCCGGCAAUAUUGUCUUUUCUAUGAAUCAAAAAGCAUUUGUGCCCAUUUCUCCCGAAGGUUGGGUGCCCUUCAAUCCACAAGAAUUCUCUGACUUAAAUGAACUGCGUUCGUUGGCCGAGCUUGUCGGUCCCUAUGGCAUUAAGUCCCUCAACGAGACACUCAUGUGGCACAUUGCCAAUCAAGUGCAGGAGCUGAAACAGCUGGUCGCCACCAAUAAAGAUGUGCUCAUACUGUUGCGCACCAGCUUCGAUAAACCCGAAGUAAUGAAGGAGCAAUUCAAACGCCUGCAGGACGUUGAUCGCGUACUUCAACGUAUGAGCAUUAUAGGCGUUAUACUUUGCUUUCGUAAUUUGGUGCAUGAAGCGCUUGUUGAUGUGCUUGAGAAACGUAUACCCUUCUUGUUAAGUUCAGUGUGUGAUUUUCAAGAGCAUUUGCCUGGUGGCGAUCAAAUACGUGUCGCUUCCGAGAUGGCUUCUGCAGCAGGUUUGCCAUGCAAAGUCGAUCCGACGCUUACCACCACACUCAAAUCGAAGAAACCUGAAUUUGAUGAAGGCGAACACUUGGUCUCAUGCUUGUUGAUGGUUUUUGUUGCGGUAUCCAUACCAAAAUUGGCGCGCAACGAAACAUCUUUCUAUCGCGCUUCCAUCGAUGGACAUUCGAAUAAUACACAUUGCAUGGCAGUGGCUAUUAAUAAUAUAUUUGGUGCGCUCUUCACGAUUUGCGGUGAAAAUGACAUAGAGGAUCGCAUGAAAGAGUUCUUGGCGUUGGCGAGUUCAUCACUUUUGCGUUUGGGACAAGAGUCUGACAAGGAGGCUACACGUAAUCGCGAAUCAAUUUACUUGCUGUUGGAUGAGAUUGUCAAACAAUCGCCCUUCUUGACAAUGGAUCUGCUUGAAUCCUGUUUCCCUUAUGUGCUCAUACGUAACGCAUAUCACGCAGUGUACAAACAGGAGCAAAUGUUGGGACUUUGAGC